GAAAGGCGGAAGUGGAGGCCGGAGCCUGGGACACCGCCGGGGGGGGGGAGAGGAGCGGAGUCUGUGCGAGCCCCGGCCCAAGUAACGCUGCCGCCCAGGAGCCGCGGCUCAGCCCUGUCUUUCCAGAGCAUGUGAGUGGUUUCCAAGCUCUUCCUGGGACUGCUGUCUUCUGAUCUGUAGGGAGGAGAAUAAGACCAAAUACGGGAAUCUGGAAUUGAGGGACCAUCUCUAUUCUACCCCCAGUCACACACUACACCUGAGCAACAGGUCCAUGCCACACCAGAGCAUCUCUCCAGUCCCCUUCUUGGCUUGAACUUAGCACAGAGGAUUGGAGGGCUCCCUCCCUACUAAGUGCCUCUUUGCCUAGCACCGGCCCCGCCCCCACACUUACCGGUACCACUAAGGUGCAUCAGGCCAUGGCGGGUCGGGGAGGCACAGCACGACCCAAUGGACCAGCCACUGGAAACAAGAUCUGUCAGUUUAAGCUGGUCUUGCUGGGGGAAUCUGCAGUGGGCAAAUCUAGCCUUGUCCUCCGCUUUGUCAAAGGACAAUUCCACGAGUACCAGGAGAGCACAAUUGGAGCGGCCUUCCUCACACAGACUGUCUGCUUAGAUGAUACAACAGUCAAGUUUGAGAUCUGGGACACAGCCGGACAGGAGCGAUAUCACAGCCUAGCCCCCAUGUACUAUCGGGGGGCCCAGGCAGCCAUUGUGGUCUAUGACAUCACCAAUACAGAUACAUUUGCACGGGCCAAGAAUUGGGUGAAGGAGUUACAGAGGCAGGCCAGCCCCAACAUUGUCAUUGCACUGGCGGGUAACAAGGCAGACCUGGCCAGCAAGAGAGCUGUGGAGUUCCAGGAAGCACAAGCCUAUGCAGAUGAUAACAGUUUGCUGUUCAUGGAGACAUCAGCGAAAACUGCAAUGAAUGUGAAUGAAAUUUUCAUGGCGAUAGCUAAGAAACUUCCCAAGAAUGAGCCCCAGAAUGCAGCUGGUGCUCCAGGCCGGAACCGAGGUGUGGAUCUGCAGGAGAACAGCCCAGCUAGCCGGAGCCAGUGCUGCAGCAACUGAGCCCCCCUUGCCUGCCACUGCCCCCACUCGUCCGCCAGAAUGUCCCGACUGGAACCCACUCUAACCAAUCGCACUUAACGACUCGGGCCACCGCCGGGGGCAGGGGAGGGGUCCAUCAUGGUUUCUCCAAGUUCCUUUGAUCCUAGGCCGGAGGGAGUUAUUCCACCUGCACCUUUCUGUACAAAUACUAAUUCAAUUUUAAGUCUUAAGUCACUUUUUUAAUAUAUAUGAUCUUCUGCUCUUCCCACUUCCCCUUUUCCACUGCUCUCCCACUUGUCCUUUGCUGAUAGCAGCCACGUGCUCCUGUCCCCCAUCAUCUGUGGGGAUGAGGGUUGGAGCAGUUACCCUUUCUUACCCUCUUGCUGGAAAGCAGACUCAACAAGAGCAUACACAGCUUACCUUGUUGGGAGUGGGCUUGGUCCGGGGCGGUGGGCAGGCCCUGAGCUAGGGAAGGGGCAGGUUGCUCUUCCCUCAGCUGGCUGUCAUCAGGCUGCACCCCCCUCCCCACCCAACUCCCAGCUGGGAGAGAAACCGCAGCAUUACUGCAGCAUCAUUUGUGACAGCCACACAUCCAUUCGUUGCCCGCAACCUCUCCAGCCUUGGUCACCCUGACCUCUGGCUCUGAGCCCUAUUCUGACCAAAUCACGAUGAUGAGUAUUUGGGGGUGGGUGGGUAAGGGGGGAAGUGGGAGGGGAUGGAAUCAACUUUUUCUGUAUUUUGUAUUGUAUGUUUUCUUCAACAUGUAACCAAUCAGUAUCUUGUCAAUAUAGUCAGCCGAUCGAUCGACCUCA